GGUGUAUGUGCGUGCGUUUGGAUCACGAUGAUGCAAAGUGCGGCGGUCCUACCGACAGAGAGUCCUGUGAAGAGUUUACCGGAGAUUCUCGGAGUGCCACUGCAACAGAUCCCUCAGUGUGCGGGCUGCAGUCAGCACAUCCUGGAUAAAUUCAUCCUGAAGGUGCUGGACAGACACUGGCACUCCAAGUGCCUGAAAUGCGCGGACUGCCACACACCGCUGGCCGACAAAUGCUUCUCCCGGGCGGGCAGCGUCUACUGCAAGGAGGACUUCUUCAAGCGAUUUGGAACAAAGUGUGCGUCAUGCCAACAGGGCAUCCCUCCAACGCAGGUGGUGCGAAAGGCCCAGGACUUUGUGUACCACCUGCACUGCUUCGCCUGCAUCAUGUGCAGCCGACAGCUGGCCACCGGGGAUGAGUUCUACCUCAUGGAGGACGGGAGGCUGGUGUGCAAGGUGGAUUACGAGACCGCCAAACAAAAUGAUGACUCAGAGGCUGGGACCAAGCGACCGAGGACCACCAUCACCGCCAAGCAGCUGGAGACCCUCAAAAGUGCCUACAAGAACUCGCCAAAGCCGGCACGCCACGUCCGAGAGCAGCUGUCCUCAGAGACAGGGCUGGACAUGAGAGUUGUGCAGGUUUGGUUCCAGAACCGGCGGGCGAAGGAGAAGCGUCUGAAGAAAGAUGCAGGCCGUCACCGCUGGACCCAGUUUUAUAAAAGUGUCAAGCGCAGCCGAGGAGGAACCAAAGUGGAGAAGGAGAGCUCAGCUGACGACGCAGGACUCAGUGACAGUGAACUGAGCUUCAGAGAUGACCAAGUCCUGUCAGAUCUGAGCCACGCCAACGGCCUUUAUGGAAGCGUGGGUGACGUGACCGGCGGCGCGGUGCUGAACGGCAGCUUCUCGGUCGACGCAGCAGGACAAUCCUACCAUGACAUCAGAGCAGGAAGUCCUUACGGCCUCCCCCAGUCACCUUCGUCCAUCACCUCCCUGCCCGGCCACACGCCUCUCCUCAACAACCUGGGCUUUACAAUGGACAGUCUGGUGGCACAGGGGGGUGCAGGCGGUGUGGGACAGGCUCUGAGGGCCAUGGCAGGGGGCCCCACCUCAGAUCUAUCCACAGGCAGCAGUACAGGAUACCCUGACUUCCCCACCAGUCCAGCGUCGUGGUUGGACGAGAUGGACCAUUCCCAGUUUUGAACCAUCAUCUUACAUGAAAUGGACCUAAAUGAUUCUUUCGUUUCAUUUUAAUUUAUUUGAAACACCUUUCAAGACUGGUAUGCUUUGAAAACUUUUGGUGAAAGAAAAAUGAGGAAGCAGAGGAGUUGGGACACAAACAGUAAAGAACAUGCUCUUUAUUUACAUUAUUGUCGAUUUUUUUAUUUUUAUUUUUAUGCUUCACUCUAUAAAAGUGAGACUGAAUGGGUGGAUCAUAACACUGUGCAAUCCCCAGAAGAAAACGCACCCUCCCCAACUACAAGAUCAAGGCUGCAGUCUAGAUCAAAGUUCCUCGUUCGAUCCAGAAGGCG